GCUUAACCUGCACAACCCGGUUGGGUCGAACCUGCUAAAAUCGGGUUAGGUACAUGUCGAACCCCGUUGGGUCGAACCCGCUCACACGAUAUCCAUUUUCAGUCCAAUUUCUUUUUCUGGUCGUUUCUCGAGAAAAUUCUUCUUGCAUCAAAUUUUUUUGGGUCAUGGAAACGGGGGGAAAGGUGAAGAGAGGUGCUGCAGGGAGGAAGGGAGGCGGUCCUGAGAAGAAACCUGUGUCCCGGUCCGUUAAAGCCAGUCUGCAGUUCCCCGUUGGACGAAUCGGCUGGUACUUGAAGAAAGGCCGUUACUCUCAGCGUGUGGGCAUCGGUGCUCCUGUUUACCUCACCGCUGUACUCGAGUACCUAGCCGCUGAGCUUUUGGAGUUGGCUGGAAAUGCCGCAAUAGACAACAAGAAGAACAGGAUGAUCCCAAGGCACGUGCUACUGGCCGUGAGGAAUGAUGAAGAGCUUGGGAAGCUUCUCGCUGGUGUGACCAUUGCGCAUGGAGGUGUCCUUCCCAACAUCAAUCCCGUCCUUCUGCCGAAGAAGCCUAACAAGGUUGCUACCAAAGAGCCCAAGUCUCCAUCUAAGGCCACCAAGUCCCCUAAGAAGGCCUGA